CCGCCAGAGGGAUCUAAGUGCGAGUGCGAAAACUGGGCGAUUUCUUGUUUAUUUGUAGUUUUUUUAGUUAUUUGCGUCGACUUAUCCUGUGAUUAAUAAUAUUGAUGAAGUGAUUAAGUGACUUUUAGAAAAACGAGAUGAAAAGGCUAUUCGUCAAAAAGAAGCAAUCGUUAGAUUUAUUUUCAAAACAUUUAAAUCAGGUUAUGUAGCACGUAUGUUGACACUACUAGAGAGUUUUGUUCUUCAAGAAGUAUUUUAACCUACUUAGGACUUCCUUUGCUACUUUUUAAUUAUUAAGUACAAUGUUUAGUAAGAAAAAGAAGAAACCCCAAAUAUCGCAGCCCACUAACUUUGAACACAGGGUUCACACAGGCUAUGAUAAACAUGAAGGAAAAUAUGUAGGGCUUCCACUGCAAUGGGCUUCGAUUGUGGGCAAUAACCAGAUAUUAAAAUCAACCAACAGACCACUACCUCUAGUUGAUCCUUCCGAGAUUACCCCAACUGAGAUAUUAGACCUGAAAACCAUUGUAAGGGGUGAUCACAAGAAUGAAAGCAAACAAGGUGUACCCCAAGUCAAACCUAAUAAUGGUAUCAUGCUUCCCAAGACUUCCAAUGUUGCUAGAUCGAAUUCUCUUAGGUCUUCUAGUCCUCCUAGAUUACGAAGAGACCAUAGGAACAAUACCAAUGUGCCUCCGUCAGUACCUGAGGAACAAAUUAUGCAGUAUACGUCAAUGCGGAGAGAUCCUAGUAUAAGCAAACCUCAAGUACGAGAUAAUUCUCCGGCCGAACGUUCCCUAAGCAAUCACGAAGUUCCAAAUUCCUAUCUAAAUGGUAACAUCCCGGAGCAAUAUAUGGGCUAUCAUCCGCGCGAUCAUCCCCAGAUCUCGCCUGCCGGUUCCAUGAUGUCAUCGGGACCUCCCCCAAUGGCUCCCAUCCCUCACAUGGGUGCACACCCGAAUUCCAGCCACGGUGGUUCUCACCAAAGCCUUCAACAUGCAGGGUACCAUCCUGCACCGGCGAGACAUGAUCAGAACCAAAAUCUGAAGAACGGCGUGCAACAGGCUCAACCCGCGCAUGCGCCCGCUAGCGCUACAGGCCAGGUUUCUUCCAGUAAACAUCAUGAACAAAGGUUGACACACGAACAGUUUCGGGCAGCUCUACAAAUGGUCGUGUCUUCGAAAGACCCUCGGGAGAACCUGGAGAGAUUCAUCAAGAUUGGAGAAGGUUCUACUGGCACCGUAUGCAUAGCUCACGAUCGUACAACAGGCCGACAAGUCGCGGUGAAGAAAAUGGACUUGAGAAAACAACAACGAAGAGAACUGUUAUUCAACGAGGUGGUCAUCAUGAGGGAUUACCAUCAUCCGAAUAUCGUGGAAAUGUUCGACAGUUAUUUGGUGAACGAUGAGUUGUGGGUAGUAAUGGAGUUUUUGGAAGGUGGAGCUCUUACCGAUAUCGUUACUCAUUCCAGAAUGGACGAAGAACAAAUCGCAACAGUAUGUAAGCAAUGUCUUAAGGCUUUAGCUUACCUUCAUUCGCAAGGAGUUAUACAUAGGGAUAUCAAGUCCGAUUCGAUAUUACUAGCCCUUGAUGGAAGGGUAAAAUUGUCCGAUUUUGGUUUUUGUGCGCAGGUUUCUCAAGAGCUUCCGAAACGAAAAUCACUGGUAGGAACCCCGUACUGGAUGUCUCCAGAAGUGAUUUCCAGAUUACCAUAUGGACCUGAAGUCGAUAUUUGGUCUCUAGGUAUUAUGGUCAUUGAAAUGGUAGACGGAGAACCGCCCUUAUUUAACGAACCUCCAUUACAGGCAAUGAGGAGGAUAAGGGAGAUGCCUCCACCGAAACUUAAAAAUGCUCACAAGGUGUCGCCAAGAUUGCAGUCAUUCUUGGACAGGAUGUUGGUCAGAGAUCCCGCUCAACGAGCAACUGCGCAAGAGCUAUUGGCGCAUCCCUUCUUACGGCAAGCCGGACCUCCAGCCUUGCUUGUUCCCUUGAUGCGCGGCGUCAAAAAUACGAGUUAUACUUAAGGUAAUUGGGUAAGCAGUCAAAAUAAACUGUAAAAAUGAUAUUAUUUACUAUAUGACUUUGAUCAAGCAGAACAUUUCUCCUUAGGACAUAUUGCAUGUAUUUGCUCCAACAGAAUAAGCUACGUUGCUGCUUAUUCUGUUAAAGUAUUGCAUUCAUUUUUUUGUUGACCUGUGCUUUUUCUUCUGAUUGAUAACUUGUCUCAGGCCUUUGAAAAUACGAGGGAAUGUCAAUAAUUCCGUGACUUUUUGAAUGAAACAUAGGUUUUUAUAUAAAAAAUUAUUUUUUUUACAUAGCCUGCCUUUGAGUUCUAUUGGGACCGUGCAAGUUCGGCAAAGCGACACCUGGUUUCUACGCUCAGCAACAUUAUUCGAACUUUUAAUUACAUUGGCCAAUUAUAUUAUUCCUGGUUACUGAAUAAUUGUCAAGGCCAUAGUCCAAAAAAAUAAUAAGCAGAAAAAAUAAGAUUCAGGUUAUGUUAUUAAAAUGUAAACAAUUGUAUGUAGUAAAUAAAAUUAGUUAUUAAAAUGCAGUACUGCAAGCAAAAUACAAUUAAUUGAAUUUACUUUAUAUAAUAAUUGCAUAUCAUAUCAAUAUUGUGGAGCAAUAUAUAAUUUUUCUUCUUCAAUGACAGUAGGUUGAAAUAUACGUCAAAGUUGCAAUAUUUCUCCGCUAUUCUCGCACGAUCGUUUCUCGUAUCGCCUCCAAGUACUUGCACACCGCGAAUACACAUUUUUUUGUGAGAUGAUUUCGUCGUUGGAGUCAAAUCUCUUUCAGACAGACUCCUUCCUGUUUAUUUUAUAUUCUAAGGUUCAAAUUUAUACUGAAGUCAAGGAGUGAUGUGACAGUUGUCUGUUGACAUGAGCAGUGUUGUCAUUUCAGUUAAGAGGCGGAAAAUUCAAACAGUCACGGACUUAUUCACACGCCCUCGUAUUUUUAACCUUUUUUUUUUCAAAUAAACCAAAAAAUAUAUAACUAAAUUCAGAAAAAUACAACGAUUAAUAAUAGUCUUUAAGAAGUCUUUACUCACAAUCGUGCAAUCUAACCCCGUUGAUGAGAUUUUAAACUGUGAAUUUAUUUUGACUGUCUUCAACCCUGUACGAAAAUGCAUAUAUGUUGAUACUAGUUAAGGGUAAAUAUUAAUUAUUAUUUGUAGUUAUACCAAAUAUUUUUUUCGAUUAAUUGUAACAUUGAGUAUGUUUUAUAUAGGUUAUAUAUAAAUGA